ACAUCAAAACCACGUGGUCAAUCAAAACAUCAUGGCGGCUGGUUUCAAGAUUGCAGAGCCUCUGGAGUACCACAGGAGCUUUCUGAAAGAAAACUGUCGACCUGAUGGACGGGAGCUGUCCGAAUUCAGAACCACAACACUAAACAUAGGGUCCAUAUCCACUGCAGAUGGCUCAGCCCUGGUUAAAGUUGGAAACACCACAGUCAUCUGUGGGAUCAAAGCGGAGCUGGCAAACCCUCUAGUGGAGACACCUGGUAAAGGAUACAUAGUGCCCAAUGUGGACCUACCGCCGCUGUGUUCCUCUCGGUUUCGACCGGGUCCACCAGGAGAGCAGGCUCAGGCUGCCAGCCAGUUCAUCGCUGAUGUUAUUGAAAGCUCUGAGGUGAUGCAAACUGAGGACCUGUGCAUUGAGAGGGGGAAGCUCUGCUGGGUGCUCUACUGUGACAUGAUGUGUCUCGACUGUGAUGGCAACGUGUUGGAUGCGUGUGUCAUCGCUCUGCUGGCUGCACUGAAGAACACACAACUCCCAGAAGUCACCAUCAGCACAGAGACUGGUGCGCCAGAAGUAAAUUUAGAAAAGAGACGUGGGCUGCAUAUUCACAAGCAUCCUGUUGGGGCCUCUUUUUGUGUCUUUGAUGACUCUAUACUGAUUGUAGACCCCACAGCUGAGGAGGAGACGCUGUCCACCGCUCACCUCACUGUGGUGACAGAUGAGGAGGAUCGGCUCUGCGUUGUUCACAAACCAGGUGGAACGUCACUGUCAGCGGAGAAGCUGCAGGAGUGUAUCAGCAGAGCAACGGCACGACAAAGAGAGAUCCAAAAACUCAUCGACAAAGUCAUACAUAGUGUGAAAAUGGCACAAUGAAUAGCCUCAGACGACGCUUUUUAUCUAAAAGCUGUAUUUUCCACUGUCAAUAUAUAUUCUUUUUUUUUAAUAACAAUAAAACUGCUGACAAAGA